AAGCGUCAAACAUGGCGGACUUAUUCUUGGUCGCGGACGAUGGCGGACAGUUGGAAUUAACUUUGUAAAGGUGUCCUCCCACGGAGGUUUCACUCUUUUCUUCUAUUCUGUAAGAAAAUCGUCUCUUUUAUGGCUAGUGACCUCACACAUCAAGGAUGAGCAGUUCCAUUAGUAAGUAUAAUAUUGUUAUGGCGCUGCCCACCCCUGGUAGGAAAAUCUUGAGACUCAUGGGAAAAAAUUCUACAAGUAGUGAGAUUCUAUUUUUCCCGAUCAGGAUUAAACGAACCCUUUUUCUGUUGGGGGGAAUUAACUGUUUAUUGAAAUAUUAACCUGCUUUAGUGGGGUGCUUCUUGCAAAAAAAGUUACGGGGGGUGACAGCGCUAACAAGGGCUGUUUCGGGAGAAAAACAAAUUUAUUCCGGGAAUCUGGAGAUUUUGUCGGGAAUCGGGAAACCUGGGAAUUUUUCGGGGAAUAUGAGAUAUUUUCGGGACAUUGAGCAAAGAUUUGAUAUUACAUGUUAUCAAACAAUAUAUAUACAGUGAUAUGCACCCAGUGUAUGCUCUGUAUUCUAUGUAUUUUGACACUUGAAAACGGCUGAACUCCCCAUGAUAUGAAAAGACCAAUCAGCAACGUUUCCAACUAAAAUAGCGUGAAGUUCAAGUGCCAUAGACCACGUGCAAUCCCCAACGGAUUGACACAAGAACCGUACCGGUGCAAGGCACAUACUAUCAGUUCACACCAGAUCCCAUCAUUCAUUAGUUCAGGGGUAUUUUUACGCUGCACGUUAACGAGUUUUAAGAGCACAUUCCACUGAUUGCAUACUGGAAAACUUGAAAGAAGUACGUAAGAAGUAUGUAAGAAAAAAACGAAACUCGUUUAACCCUGUUAAACACAAAUGAGGCCAUAAAAAGUAGUAUGUCUGUGAAGACUCUUUAAUCAUCCUGAUCUCAUCGGGGUCCUUCCGAUUUUGCUCGAAAAUCCCGAAUCCCGAUCAAUAUGCGUUCGGGAUAGGAAAAUUUCAGAUUUCGACAUACAGUUGUUCUGAAAUUUUCAAAUGAAUUCUUAUGAUACUCAUACAAUGACACCACACAGAGUAUACUGAAAGUGAUAUCCAGAGCAAUUUCAAAAGCCGCACAACUUUUAUACGUGAAGUCACGCCAAUAAAAAUAAGCAUAAAAAGGACAAUUGAUUUAGAGAACCUUUUGGACAGAAUUUGUCCUCUCAGAUCACUAGAAAUAGCGUUUCAGAGCACCAAGAUUUCAAACUUUUCUGGGGGAGCAUGCCCCCAGACCCCCCUGGUGGUUGGCCCCUUCACUGCUCGCCUGAUUCAUCGGUGAUUAAAAAACAUAUAUACUUAAAAAGUUUGACAGUCUUUCUGUGUUAACGUGAUACCCUCUAAACGAAAAAAUAACUAAGGUUAGAUAAUUAACAAGUUACAUAUUAAUUAACAAGAAGCUGCAAAAAAUCUGUAAUCAAAAUUUUAAUUUUAAUUGUUAAAACAAUUUUGGGAAGUUUAACAUUUAUGGGGAAUGCCACCGAAAAAUUUGGGAGGGUCGACGAAAUUUCCGGGAGGACAUAAAGUUAUUCAUAGGACUGCCCAAACAGCCUUUGUUAGAGUUGUCACCCCUCGUAAAAGUUAUUUAGAUCCCGCUUUUCUUGGAUGACUCUGUCACAGGAGAAUAACCAGGGGCACCCUACGAUAAUAUAGUUCAAAACCCCGGAGGGGGGGGGGGUACUGCCAUAUAUGGGCUAAAUAGGUAUGUGCCGCUGUGAAGGGUAUGGUUUUCAGGCAGUUUACUCUAGGAUAGGGUAUAUAAAUCAGAGUGUUUCGGUCUAGAAUAGGGUAUCAUUUUUCAGGAAACUGAUCAGUUGGUUGAAGAUUUUAUCUAGACAAGGGAAACAGCUACUCUAGGAUAGGGGGUUUGGGGAGUUUACUCUAGUAUAGGGUAGCAAAAUUCAGCUGAACUAGCUCUGGUAUAGGUUAAGGGUUCCAGGGUCCCAGCGGCACAUCCCCACCCAGAAAUUCCUAAAGUACCCCCGGGUUCAAAACCACUUAAACAUAGCAUUGUUAAACGUAUUUUAGUAUUUAAAUGGUAGAUAUAGGCAUAUUUUUAUCCCCUAAAAAUUUUUCAUCUGUUCGGAUUUCCUAGCGGAAAGUCUAGUGAUCCGAAAAUUAUAGGGAUCAAAACUUACUUUUUCGAAAAUUUCAGCCAGAAAAAAGGCUCCCGAAAAUUCUAGCUGACCUUUUAAGGGUAAAAAUCCGUUAAAAAUGGGCAAUUAUACCAUUUUUGAGAUGUUCGAAAAUCCUAGGAGAGGCAGGCAAGCAAGAAGUUUUACAACAAAUGUUUCGAAAAUUCUAGAUCUCAAAUCAUCCUGCGAACAGAUAUUUUCCGAAAAUUGUCAUUGGGUGCCCCUGAAUAAUGCUCAGCAAAGAGUCGUUUCUUCCGGAUAACCCAACUUCAUGGCUAAAAUGUUAGGCAAGGUCCCAUCAAUAAACAGGAACUAGCACUCCCCGCGAAAUUUCAACAAGGUAUUUAACAUUUCAUUUCAGAAUGAUAUUUCUUAAAAACCGUGAGACUGGGAGUCUUGUUGUGAGCCCAUGAGAAAAGUUAAAAAUCGUGAGACUAACAGCAGAAUCAUGAGAGUUGGCAGGUCUUUGCACUGCACAUGUACACAUUCUUUAGCUAAUACUUGAGGAAUGUUUGGGUAGGGAUGUGCUGCUGGGACUCUGGAACCCUUACCUAACCUAUACCAGACUUUCCUGAUUUAGCUGAAUUUUGCUAUCCUAAACUAGAGUAAACUCUUAAAAUCUCUUCAUAUCCUAUAGCCUGCGAAAACAACUGUUUCUCCUCGCUCUUCGCUGCUGGGGACGUUUCGCGCGUAGGAACGUCUGCGACUCAGCAACAGAAAUUCCAUAUUGAUGACGUAAACUCUGUCCGAAAUCCGGUCAGAAGCGCUAAUUGGUCGGCGGAGUAGUUGCAUUGUUUUAGUUAUUGUUUACGAAUGACAGACAAAAGACAAAAGGCCACAAAGGUCAAAUCUAAACACAAAGAAUAACAAACAGUCAAUGUUUGUGGAAUAUAGUCUUCUCUAGAAGAGGCAUUUGAGUUUUGCGGGAGCUCAUUGGCAGAUGAACACAACACUUUUCCAAAAUCGACCAUAAGACUACUGGAUUUAUUAUGUAAACAUUGAUUUGCAUCAUCAGUAUGGAAUUUCUGUCGCUGAGUAGCAGACGUUCCUCCACGCGAAACAUCCCCAGCGGCAAGAGUGAGGACAAACGGAUGUUUUCGCAGGCUACAUAUCCUAGAGUCACUAUUUUUUCAGAAAUAAUAUUACUGCAGUUGACACUCUUUUUGCAUUAUUAAACUGACUCAUUUUUUUUCAUGUCAAUCUCCGGUUUUCCCAGUCUAGACUAAAAUUUCUCAACCAAUUGAUCAGUUUCCUGGAAAAUGAUACCAUAUACAAUAAUUUUAGACCGAACUCUCUGGUUUAUAUACAUCGUCCCAGACUAAGUUUCUUGAAAACCAUGAUACCCUUCAUUGUGAAAUAUACCUAUACAGCUAUUAUGAGAAAGGUUGUCGGAAAAUUUCACACGACUAACCUGGAAGGUAUUGUGGGUGGUUUUCAGUCUGUACAGUCACAUAAAUGCUGACAUUUAUUUGUUAUAUUCAGGUAAAUUUUACGUUUGCGCCUGUGGAUUGUGCUCGUUAUAACAAGGAUUUUGUUAACCCGAGGUUUGUUAAAUCGAGAGAUAAGAUUGCUUUAGGAAACUGCUUGAUAUCUCAUACAAAACACCGCAUCAUAAACAUGGCAGUGACAGAGACAGAAUCAGGCAAGCCACUGGGCCCUAUGAAAAAUUUUAAGAACAGAAUUCACUAGCCUGAUAGCAAAAUCCACUACCCCCGGGCUAUCUGACACUACUCUCUUUGCACUCUGCAACUUGCCUCAGUGGUACUAAUUUUUGAUAUAUUUUUUAGGUAAUGCAUUCUGGCUUUUCUUCGUGUCAUUAUUGUGGGGCUCCACAAAUCCACUCAUCAGAAAAGGAAGCAAGGGAAUUGAGGAAAUUCACAGAUCAAGUCGUAUCCAACAAUUUUUUGCAGAAGUCAUCUUUCUUGCAUCUAACUGGAAGGUAUUGUGAAUUUUUGUAUACAUGAGUAUGUCCUUUUGUUGGUCCUGGCCUGGCCAAGGGGCCCAUGGUGCAUAACAAGCCAGAGAAUUUAUUAUUGGAAAACUUGAUUCAGUUUUUUUGUGGAUUCAAUAAACCACUGUGAAAUUUAAUAAUAUAAUAAAAAAAUUAACACUCAAAUUCAAUAAUUGAACAUUGGGCGCAUUAACGCCAAGCUUUUACUGUAUUUUUCUGGCAUACCAGUUAUCUUUUGAAGUCUGGUAUACUCAUAAUAUGCCAUGAUGUGGGCCUGGCCACAAGGCAGUGUUCGCUUAGCAUACAGUGUGUGAAGCCAAAACUGUCUUUUUUUCUAAGAAAACUUUUGAUUAUAAAAUGGCUUUGAACAUUUUUGUAUGGAGAGCAAAUUGUUUAAAACUGUCUAUGGCUGUAGAUAUGCAGUUUAAAAUUAAUUGAUGACAACUUGCUCAUUAAUUUUUAUUAAUUUUUAUGCUUGUGGAUUAAAAGAGGCUGUAGGUUGUUUGUGCAGUAGCCACUUUACUUAGUUUCAGUUCUUGUUCAUGAAAUGUGUAUCUUGUGAUUUCUUAUUUCUUUUCUAGUACAUAGUUCCUUUCCUGUUGAACCAAUGUGGCUCAGUUGUUUUCUACUUGACACUUGCAUCAGUAGGUAAAUAAUUAUAAAUGUUGAAACCCUUUUUCCCAGCUUUGAUUAAAGAUAUUGUUACUUUUGGAUGCAAAAACAACAUUUCUUUUAUUUGAUAUCCUUAGACUUGUCUAUUGCUGUCCCCAUUACCAAUUCUUUGACUAUGCUCAUAACUACACUGGCGGGACAGGCUUUAGGAGAAGGAAGAAUUAAUGCAGGUAUUUAUAGUUCAGCUGAAGUAAUUACAUAUGCCAACCAUGGGUGGGAUGGGGUUGGGGCAAGGAGUAUGGGUGAUCUACAUAAGCUAGACAUAAUUGUGUGUGCCAUAAAUCAUUUUUGUAAAGAGUCCUAUUUUUGGAACAGAUUUUUGUGGACAAGGUGUAGAAAAUUGGGAAGUUAAACUAUCUAAGUGGGAAGUGUAGACUGCAAACAGUCUCUUAUUUGUCUUUUGACUUUUGAGACACAGUAGAUCAAGAGCAUGUGCGAGGUGUGAGCAGUGAUUGGCGAAGCCAUGAGGACCAAGGGAAGAAGCCUUCAGCAGUGAAGAAAAAAGUUUUCCUCUCUCUGUCCCAAUCCCUUCUCCAGUUUAAGGAUGACCACCACAGUCUAGUGGAAAAUUAUAGGUAGUUUUGAAGAAAUAAGUCCAGAAUACUACUUCAAACAUAGGGUGGGCCUCUUUUGGCUUAUAUUGUAGAAAUACUAAGUAAAAUACAGCUGUAUUUUAUAGAACACCGACUCUCAAACAUUGUAAAGGGUAGCACUGACUGACUUAAAUUUAUUGAGAUUUAUGGAAAAUAAUUAUGUGCUUUGAAUCACAAUAGGGACAUUUCUUGGGAUGAUCCUAGUGAUAGCUGGUGUCACCAUCUGUGUUGUGGAUAAAGCUCCAUGA